UCCGGAUCUUUUCUAGCUCUCUCUCUCCUACAUUCGACUGAAAAAAAAAAAACUCAAAACUCUGUAGAGGGAGAGAAAGAGGGGAAAAAAAUAUUAAAAAAAAGAGAGAUAUGAGCGGAGACGGAGGCGUUUUUGGUAAAAGAUUCAAUCGACAACAUCUCAUCCUCUACCUCUCCAUCUCUCUGCAACUAAUCCAAGGUUUAGGUGAUAAUCCAUCAAAUUCCAAAGACCGAGCCAAAGCUGAGGCCUCAUCUAAAUCUAGUAAGAAUACUGGGCGUAAUGUACUGUUGAUAUGCCUUCUUGUGGCUGCUGUAGUGGUACUGUCAAUAGUCCUAUUCAAGUUAUGGCAGAAAAAGAGGAGGGAAGAGCAACAUGCUCGCCUCCUAAGGCUGUUUGAAGAAGAUGAUGAUCUUGAACUCGAACUUGGCCUUCGGGAUUGAGAGCUUUACUGCUCUCAUUGUAGCAUACUCUGAG